UCGUUCACUUAAAAGAGCCGGCUCUUUGAACCGGCUCGUUUGCGACCUGCACAUCACUAAGUUGUACUUCCGGUGUCACAGGUCAACUCGUCCGAGAAGAAGCAAGGAUCCAAGAAAAAAUCGACGGACACCGACUGAAAGAUAUAUAUUAAAAUCAUGUCUCACACCAUCCUGCUGGUGCAGCCCACCAAGAGGCCAGAGGGGAGGACGUACGCCGACUAUGAAUCCGUCAACGAGUGUAUGGAAGGUGUGUGUAAGAUGUAUGAGGAGCAUCUAAAGAGAAUGAACCCCAACAGCCCGUCGAUAACGUACGACAUCAGCCAGCUGUUUGACUUCAUCGACGACCUGGCCGACCUCAGCUGUUUGGUGUAUCGUGCCGACACACAGACGUACCAGCCGUACAACAAGGACUGGAUCAAAGAGAAGAUCUACGUGCUGCUUCGCCGUCAGGCCCAGCAGGCGGCAAAGUGAAGCCUCGGAGACGCUGGAGGGUCGAGAGAGGGUCGAUAUUCUUUUUCCCAUCUGUAACACGUUGGUUUGAGUAACUUGUUUUGAGAAGUUUUUGACAGUUUUUUAAGAAGUUUUUCUUUUUCUCAUGAAGGGGAGAGGUGCAUUUUGUAUUUUAAUGUUUGCCUUAUUAAUAAAGAUUUCAUUUAAAUAAA